AUUAUUCAAAUGUAUCCACUGUAUCACGAAUCUUAAGUAAAUGAACUGAAUCAAGCGAGAAGGGUAAAAAGGAGAAACAGUUUUGUAACAUAUAAUUUCACCCUUUCAUAAGUCGGCAAAAUGAAUUCUUUGGUUAUUGUAUCGCUCUUUGGAAUUGUUCUGGCUCAACUAUUAGUAGUUGACGGUUUAAAGUGCUACACCUGCUCAACAAACUGUGGCGCAGACACUGAUAAUCUAAAUAAGGUAGACUGCAAUGGUGGAUUUUGUACAAAGACUGCAGAUCAGAAUGAUACUAUAAUCAAUCGGGGCUGUUCGAAAACGGCAAAAUCUGCUGGAUGUAGCAACACCAACAACUUGAGAAUAUGUGUAUGUAACGAUGAGGAUCUGUGUAACGGAAGUAGAAUGCAAACAGCCACAGCAACAUCUACGAUCUUUCUCGUUAUUGUCGCCAUUAUGCUUACAGUUAUGUAAAUUAUAUGAACCAUCACGCUUAAAGAUGUGUAAAUGAUAUGAGCCUUCACGCUUAAAGAUGUGUAAAUGAUAUGAACUUUCGUGCUUAAAGAUGUGUAAAUGAUAUGAACUUUCGUGCUUAAAGCUAUGUUAAUUAUAUGGACCUUCAUGCUUAAAGUUUAAUAAAUUACAUAAUAUCAUGCUUGAAGUUUGAUCAUUGAUAUAUAUCAGCAUGCAUACAUUUUUGCUGUAUCAUUAAAGUUGUGUGAAUCAUGCAAUAUAUCAUUACGCUUAAAGAUUUAUAAAUGAUACUCUUAAUAUGCCUAAAGCUUUGUUAAAGAUAAAAACAACGAAUUUAUACUACUUAAUGCAUAAUUGUAAUAGAAAUGUUUCACUUAAAAUGUUGCAUUCUUUAAAAACUGUAAACGACAUUCGACUAUGUUCUGAAACAUAAAAGAAAUGAUUGAUCUAUGUUGCAAUAAUUCAGUAAAUGUGUAAAUAAUUUUAUUAAUAUGGUUAUAUAAAUAUGAAUUCAUGUAAAGACAUUUUAUCAGUAAAAGAACAAUUGGAAACGAACUUCGUUUUUGAAUCUGGUAGCUUUUACAUGAGCAAAACAUCGAUGAAAAACCUAUCUGUAGUUGUCGACCUGAAAAUAGUCAUCUUUAAAACUCGGACAUCAAUGAUGUCGAAAGAUUAUCACAGAUGUAAAAGAUCUUACCCAUCAAUGUACUACCAUACUUUGAUUAGAAAGUGAUUGUAUGCUAUUAAGUGGUAAGCAAACCACCUUCUUUACCUGAUCUGUCACAUACUUUUGUUGGACGUUUCAAUGAUCAAUGCUUCAAACAGAAACCAAAAUAAAAUCAAUAAAAGCUU